CAGAAAUUGUACAAAUGAAAGAAGCUGGCUUUGUUGAUACAUAUAAACAUGGUGAAACACCGACAUUUAAUGGUUUCCGAUCAGCUGGUUAUGGUCCGAAAAUAGAUUUUGUGUGGAUUUCAUCAAAUAGUGUAUAUCGUGUUGAAGGUGAAACAAAAGUUGAUGAGUAUCAUGAUAAAGAUGGAUUUUUUCCAUCUGAUCAUUUUCCUGUUUAUGCAGAUUUAAUUUAUACUGCAUAA